UGGCAUAAAUCUUUUUCAGCCUGACCAGAGCGUUCCUGACGGAUGGUUAAAGAACUUACUUGCACCUCUGCCUCUCUCGUAUUCCUCUUGAAGACUUCAUUCAGAAGAUAUCUGUUUACUGAAAGAAUGGGCAGAUAGUUACAAACCAGCCUUCUUCGUAGCAGCUAACCUGUGGAUCCUGAAGGAUGGAAAUAGUUGAUGCUAGCUUCCUUGAGAACAGUACCAAUAUCACUGCUUUGCUGUGUGAUAUCCUCCUGGAAAAUGAGACUUUUUACUGUGUGGAUGAUCCACCUUAUUCUUCUAAAGAUCUGCAUCAGAUAAUCCGGAUCCUGCUGUACUGUUUGAUAUUUCUGCUCAGUGUUUUGGGGAACGUUCUGGUCAUCACUGUGCUGAUAAGAAACAAACAGAUGAGAACAGUCACCAACAUAUUUCUGCUGUCCCUGGCAGUCAGUGACCUAAUGCUCUGCCUCUUCUGCAUGCCAUUCACCCUUAUUCCCAACCUGCUGAAAGAUUUUAUUUUUGGGAGCACUGUUUGCAAAACUGCCACUUACUUCAUGGGUAUCUCUGUAAGUGUGUCUACAUUCAACCUGGUUGCCAUCUCUUUGGAGCGGUACAGUGCCAUUUGCAAACCUCUUCAGUCCAGGGUCUGGCAGACAAAAUCCCAUGCCUUGAAAGUGAUUGCUGCUACCUGGUGUGUUUCCUUUACCAUCAUGUCACCAUACCCAAUUUACAGCAAGCUGGUCCCUUUCACCAAGUACAACAAUAGCACAGCCAACAUGUGUCGGCUCCUUUGGCCAAGUGAUGUCAUUCAACAGUCUUGGUACACCUUCCUGCUGCUCAUACUCUUUCUUAUACCUGGGAUAAUAAUGAUGGUUGCAUAUGGCCUCAUUUCAUUGGAGCUCUACAGAGGAAUAAAAUUUGAUACCAGCCAGAGAAGAUCGUCAAGAGAAAGAAAAGGAAAUACCAGCAUCGCCAAAUACGAGGAUGGAGAUGGGUGCUACCUGCACAAAGCCAAAAGGAAAAGGAAAGUGCCAUUGCAACAACUCUCUACUAUGAGAAACAGCAAAAUAGACAGGGUGAGAAGCAGCAGCUCUUCUGCCAACCUGAUGGCCAAGAAACUUGUCAUCCGCAUGCUGAUGGUGAUCGUGGUUUUGUUUUUCAUUUGCUGGACUCCCAUCUUCAGCGUGAACGCCUGGCGCGCAUUUGACACCGCCUCAGCAGACCUGCAUCUCUCGGGAGCUCCCAUCUCCUUUAUCCACCUGCUGUCCUACACUUCUGCCUGUGUGAACCCUAUCAUAUACUGCUUCAUGAACAAGCGUUUCCGCAUGGGUUUUCUAGCCACUUUCACCUGCUGCACUAAGCAGAAGCCGCCUGUGAUUAGAGGAGAGGUUGGUGAUGAAGAGGAGGGGAAGACGACAAGGGCUUCACUCUCCAAGUGCUCUUACACACACAUGAACAUGUCUGCACCCCCCUGA